AUGCUCUCCAGAUUUGUCUCCCUCUUUCUAGCUCUUGCAGGCUUUACCCCCAUUCUGCAAUCUAUUCUGAGCUACUUUUGGGACGCCAAAGGCCUCCGAAAGUAUCCUUCCGCUUCGGCGGUAGCUGCAGUCAGUCCGCUUUGGCGUAUCUGGCAUAAUGUUCACUUCAGACAUUACGCUGCCGUCGACGACGCUCACAAACGACUUGGAUCCCACGUUCGAAUCGCCCCAAACCACGUCUCAGUGCUCGAUCCUCGCGCCCCCUAUGACAUCUAUGGGCACGGUGCCAACAUGCUCAAGGAAGAGUGGUACGACGCUGGCGCUGGUGCUCAUCGCAACCUAGCCGAUACUCGUGACAAGGCGGAGCAUCAGGCAAAACGAAAGAUGAUGGCCCACACCUUUGCUGCAAAGACAGUGUCCAAAUUCGAACCGGUUCUACAAGAACAAGUUGGUGCCCUCAUGGCACAGCUUGAUCAUCACAUAGACUCUGGAACAAGAGCCAACAUGCGGCGCCUGAUCAACUACUUCACUAUCGACCUAUUUGGCCAAGUGCUUUUCGGGCACAAACUGGGAUGUUUGCGCCGCGGAAACGACAAUCUUGUGGCUGAGUCAAAGGCUGGCCGUCUGUAUGAAGCUCCAUUCAUCCAGUCGCUGCUGGACGUGACUGUCAUCAACACAGUGCUCGGCAUGGUACCAGGUCUUUUGUGGUUGUCUCGACCAUUAUUUAAAAGCCAUCCAUACAAGAGAGCUGGAACUGAUUGGGAGAAUAUUGUCUAUUACAACACCAAGGAGCGCAUAUCGAAGCAAGUGCAAGAAGACGACUUGUUCCAGAGACUGCUUCAGGACACCAAAGGCCACGACCUGCAUCUUUCCAUGGGCGAGAUUGUCGCCGAAUGCUCGGCAAUGAUGAAUGCAGGCACGGAAACAACGACAGCCGCCAUGACGAACACAAUCUUCCUCCUUUUUACACAUGCCGAGGUCCUCGCGCAGCUUCGUGAGGAACUCGACAAAGCGUUUCCUGGAGACGAGAUUCCGACGUACGAGGCGGCUUCCAAGCUGCCCUACUUACGCGCUUGUAUCGAAGAAUCCCUCCGAGUGCGCCCAGCCAGCUCUAUGGGUCUACCCCGAAUUGUUCCUCCAGGUGGAAGAGUAAUCGCUGGACAGUUCAUUGCCGAGGGCGUGACGGUUUCGGUGCCCACGUAUUCGCUCCUCAGAAACGAAAAGGUGUUUACGGACGCAACAAGGUACCAGCCUGACAGGUGGAUGACUGAGGAUCAAGAAAAGAAGAAGGAAAUGAUGAAUAGUCACCUGCCCUUCAGCACAGGACCACGUGCCUGCAUCGGUCGCAACAUUGCGUACUUUGAGCAAACCGUAGUCAUCGCUACGAUCGUCAAGUUUUAUGAUGGCAAAAUUGCUGACACAUUUGAGCUAGAGACUCAGGAGAGAUUCAAUUCGAACCCCGGGGACUUGCCCGUGGAGUUCAAGCGCCGCCAUUGUUGA